GACACAUCAUUCGAAGGAUCGCGCCAAACAACCUGUGUGUCAAAAGGAGGUUUUGGGCGAUACGAGUUUGUGGAUAGCUAGCAUUUAUAAUUUUGGUCGGAAAAACUGUUAAUUUAUAAAUGGACACGCAAUCGUACAUGCCCGUACCACCAGGAGUGGGGAAGGAGGAGAAUUUCUUCUCUCUUGACGACAUUUUACUUUCUCAAGAGAGGCUACCUUGUCGAACCGAUACCACUUUUCCUCGACUGGGAUUUCUGGAGAAAUCUAAUGACUCACGAGACAUACCAGAGGCCACAAAGAUGGAGAUGCCGCUGUGGUUGGCGAAGGGUCUGUACGAGCGCAAGCGACGCGUGCUGUCGGUGGAGCUGCCCAAGGUUUACCGAGAGGGCUGGCGGACGGUGUUCAACGCCGACCCCACCGUGGUGGACCUGCACAAGAUGGGGCCCUACUACUACGGCCUCGGGUCGCAGCUGUUGCACUUCCAGCACCCCGAGAAUCCCGAGAUCGCCCAGGCAGUGCUGCAGACCUUUAUUGGGCGUUUUCGGCGGACGAUGGACGCAUCGCAGAACGCCUAUAACAAGGACACGUCGGCGCUGGUGGAGCCUCUGGACAGCCUGGAGAGGGCGCUGUUCAAGGUGGGGCAGAGCGGCCUGAACGCCUUCCAGCGCUGGGAGAUGGGCCAAGCCUCCCACCUCUCUGCCUCCAGCCUGGUGUUGAACUACCGCAAGAGAAAGAUCACCGACCUGCACGACUGAGAGACCGGCACGAGCCUCCACCACACACCUUUACCAUUCACCUGCAGGCCUGAAACUGCAACACACCUUUACCAUUCACCUGCAGGACUGAAACUGCAACACACCUUUACCAUUCACCUGCAGGCCUGAAACGGCAACACACCUUUACCAUUCACCUGCAGGCCUGAAACUGCAACACACCUUUACCAUUCACCUGCAGGCCUGAAACUGCAACACACCUUUACCAUUCACAUGCAGGCCUGAAACUGCAACACACCUUUACCAUUCACCUGCAGGCCUGAAACUGCAACACACCUUUACCAUUCACCUGCAGGCCUGAAACUGCAACACACCUUUACCACACACCUGCAGGCCUGAAAUGGCAACACACACCUUUACCAUUCACCUGCAGGCCUGAAACAGCAACACACACCUUUACCAUUCACCUGCAGGCCUGAAACUGCAACACACCUUUACCACACACCUGCAGGCCUGAAAUGGCAACACACACCUUUACCAUUCACCUGCAGGCCUAAAACAGCAACACACACCUUUACCAUUCACCUGCAGGACUGAAAUGUCAACUCACACCUGUACCAUACUCCUACAGGACUGAAAUGUCAUCAUACACCUGUAUCAUACACCUGCAGGUCUGAAAUGUCAACACACCUGUACCAUUCACCUGUACCAUACACCUACAGGAAUGAAAUGUCAACACACACCUGUACCAUACCCCUACAGGACUGAAAUGUCAACAUACACCUGUAUCAUACACCUGCAGGUCUGAAAUGUCAACAUACACCUGUACCUUAUACCUGCUGGACUAAAAUGGCAACGCAGACCUGUACCUUACACCUGCAGAACUAAAAUGGCAGCACACACCUGUACCUUACACCUGCAGGACUGAAACGGCAACACACACCUGUACCUUAUACCUGCAGGGCUGAAACGACAACACGCACCCGUACCUUACACCUGCUGGCUUGCGAAACGAUUACCGAGCUCCAUCCCUAAGAAUCAAUUAUCGAGUUACAUGCCUGAGAAACAAACAAACUCCAGGGAGCAGCAGUCUCCACAUCGUGCUUUCUCUUUAUGGUUGGUGUAUUGGUGUAAUUCCCUGUGUGUUCAUCAACAUGAUAAUUCAUUAGCGCGGCAGGCCAUUAUCCAAAUGUGUGAUUGAAAUGUGACAAGCAAGGAUACAGUAGAUAAGCCCCACUCAAGGCUGCACAUAACCGCCUGUUGAUGAAUUGAUUGUUUUUCUGUUAAUGGGCGAGGGGGGCUAGGAAUGUUACCGUUGCGCCAAAAACGACAAUGCGUUUGACUUGAUGAUUUUUAAAUGUGUAAAAAGGAUUUGUAGCGGUUCAUAUUUUGUAUUAUAUUUUUUGCCUGAAAAUA